CAAAGCUGGCGGUGAUCGGCCCGAGCCUUUUCACAGAUGCUGCUGAACAUCGGUCUUUAGCCCUGGCUUUUCCCGGCAAUGGUGUUUAAACAGCCUAAUGCGUCAGGCAGCGUUCUGAAAUUCCGGGACAAAGGUGCCAGACCACGGGACGAGACUGGGAGAUGAACGCAUUCACAAGUUCACUCCCUUAUCACACCCAUUCAUUUUUAAACCCGGAGUUUGGUCGUUUUGAACUCGGGUCAGCGGCUCUCAGCCAUCACGAUUGCCCUGCCUUAACAUCGUCCAGACUGCCAAGCGACUUCACCACGUUUAUCAGGUUGUGAACGAGAGUCGAUGGCCAGCCAGACGCGCAGUCCCCCCACCCCUCCGCUAAGAUCGCUUCCGUCUGAGCAACAGUCAUAGUCACACCCACAUCGCUACGCGGCCUCCCCACAAAAUCGAUGGGCGGGAAAGGAAAGUCCUAACUCCUUCAUUCACCGAGUUUACCAUGACGAGUUGGGCACUCUGACUAUGGCCAGGGGAGAAGGCGGCGACACCUACAGCACGGCGGCGGGCUUCCUCCAGCCCCGGGCAAUAACGCCCGAUGACCGGACGCUGAAACAGAGAGAAAUGAGAAAGGAUCUGUCGGUGUGUAGUAAAUUGUGUUAUGCUAUUGGUGGAGCGCCCUACCAGAUAACGGGAUGUGCCAUUGGAUUUUUCCUACAAAUUUACCUGUUGGAUGUCGCACAGGUGAGUCCAGCCCAUUCCAUAAUAUAUUACAACGGCAGCUUCUGGGAGGCCUCAGUCACACCACUAGUAGGUUUUUUUAUUUCCAACGGCAAGUGGUCCCAGCUAGGGAGAUUAGUUAUCUGGAUUGUUUGCUCUACACCAUUUGCAGUAGUCUCUUAUUUCCUCCUAUGGUAUGUGCCAGAUGGAAACGUAACAGAGGUUGGAAAAAUCUUUUGGUACCUGAUCUUCUAUUGCAUGUUCCAGUCUCUGCAGACAUGCUUCCACGUUCCCUACUCUGCACUUACGAUGUUCAUAAGCACGGACCAGAAGGAAAGGGAUUCUGCAACUGCCUAUCGUAUGACAGUGGAGGUGCUGGGAACAGUCUUGGGAACAGCAAUACAAGGCCAGAUUGUUGGCGGAGCAGAUUCUCCGUGUAUUCAUAAAAAUGACAUUAACAGCUCAAUAUCUAGAAUUGACAUCAAUAGCACUCAGUACAACUCCAACACUUCCAUCACCCAAUUGAAAAGAGCCUACAUGGUGGCAGCUGGAGUCAUUGGUGGUGUGUACAUUCUGUGUGCCAUUAUCUUAUUUGCUGGAGUCCAGGAAAAAGAUGAUCGGCAUAACAAAAAGGCACAGAAACCAUUCUCCUUUUGGAAAGGACUAAAACUUGUCAUGAGCUAUGGACCUUAUGUGAAAUUGAUCAUUGGCUUCCUGUUUACCUCAUUAGCUUUUAUGUUGCUGGAAGGAAAUUAUGCGCUGUACUGUUCCUACACUCUGGGAUUCCCAAAUGACUUCCAGAAUAUUCUGCUCGUUAUCAUGCUCUCUGCGACUUUGACCAUCCCUUUUUGGCAAUGGUUUUUGACCAGAUUUGGCAAGAAGACUGCUGUGUAUGUCGGCAUGUCAUCAGCAGUGCCGUUUCUUAUUUUGAAUGUUCUGGUGAAGGGGAACCUAAUUGUGGCCUACAUUGUGUCGUUUGCCUCUGGAAUGAGUGUGGCCGCUGCUUUCCUCUUGCCGUGGUCCAUGUUACCUGAUGUUGUUGACGACUUCAAGCUGAAGAAUCCAGAGUCCGUAGGACAUGAAGCUAUAUUUUAUUCUUUCUAUGUCUUCUUCACCAAGUUUGCAUCUGGGGUGUCCCUGGGAAUCUCGACACUGAGCCUUGAUUUUGCAGGUUACCUGGCGCGGGGGUGUGUCCAACCUGAUGCAGUGCACCUUACCCUGAAGAUGUUGGUUGCACCAGCACCUAUUUCCCUAAUUAUACUUGGACUGAUUCUUUUUAAAUUGUACCCAAUUGAUGAGGAAGUCAGGAUGAAGAACAGGAAAGCACUUGAAGAUUUGCGAGAUAAUGACCAACACACUCGAGCAAAUGGAAAUGAACUUUGCAGUGUUGUAUAACAAAUACUUCCAGAUUUAAAAAUCCCAUAUUUGUGUACAGUGUACAUAGUUUUAAAACGUGAAAGCAAUACAUUACCCAAAUAAGACUGACAUCCAGAUAUACAGUAAAUGGAUCCAAGCUAACUUCUUCCACUGUUUAAUAUGUUUACAUCUAUUCAUUCUGAGUUUGUACAGGGUGUAUUGUUCUCCUUUAGAAAUGAACUGUACAGAUAGCUUGGUCUAAUGUAAAUUUAUAUAAAUCUGUACUGUAUAUAUUUGAAUUAAACUAUUAGUUGUCAAUAAAAUGCU